CAGCGGUGGCACUGGCACUCUCAGAUACCGGCAAAGCACUACAAAGCAACGCAGCUGCUGCCUCUAGCACAAGGCACUCACUACCGAGACUUUUGGGCCUCGUAGGCAAGUUGAAUCUUCUGAGAGUUUUAAGUGUUCAGUGAACUCAUUCAAGAUGCCUGAAGACAUGAACGACGAGACCGAGACCUUCGCCUUCCAGGCUGAGAUUGCUCAGCUGAUGUCCCUGAUCAUCAACACCUUCUACAGCAACAAAGAGAUCUUCCUUCGUGAGCUCAUCUCCAACUCCUCAGAUGCCCUGGACAAAAUCCGUUACGAGUCCCUGACGGACCCUUCCAGGCUGGAGAGCGGAAAGGACCUCCACAUCAGGAUUGAGGUCGACAAGAAUGACAGGACCCUGACCAUCAUGGACACUGGCAUCGGCAUGACGAAGGCCGAUCUCGUCAACAACCUGGGUACCAUUGCCAAGUCCGGCACGAAGGCUUUCAUGGAAGCCCUGCAGGCCGGCGCCGAUAUCUCCAUGAUUGGUCAGUUUGGUGUCGGCUUCUAUUCCGCUUACCUCGUUGCUGACAGGGUCGUGGUCACUUCCAAGCACAAUGAUGACGAACAGUACACUUGGGAGUCGGCCGCUGGUGGCUCUUUCACAAUCAGGCCAGACAAAGGUCAGCCACUGCAACGUGGUACAAAGAUCACACUUUACCUGAAGGAGGAUCAAGUAGAGUAUCUGGAGGAGCGUCGUAUCAAGGAGGUGGUCAAGAAACACUCACAGUUCAUUGGUUACCCCAUCAGACUCCUAGUAGAGAAGGAAAGGGAAAAGCAAGUACCAGAUGAUGAGGAGGAGGAACAGAAGGAAGAAGAGGUCUCUAAGGUGACCGAUGAUAAACCAGUGGUGGAAGAUGUUGGUGCUGAUGAAGCUGCAGAUGGUGUUGAGAAGGCAAGGAAAAUGAAAACAAUCAAAGUGAAGUAUACUGAAGAUGAAGAACUCAACAAAACCAAGCCACUGUGGACCAGGAACCCUGACGACAUCUCUGAGGAAGAGUAUGGUGAAUUCUAUAGGUCCCUCACAAAUGAUUGGGAAGAUCAUUUGGCUACAAAGCACUUUAGCGUUGAAGGUCAGCUCGAAUUUCGGGCCCUCCUCUUUGUGCCCCGCAGAGCACCUUUUGAUCUGUUUGAAAACAGGAAACAAAAGAAUAAGAUCAAGCUCUAUGUGCGUAGAGUCUUCAUUAUGGACAACUGUGAAGACCUCAUUCCUGAAUACCUUAACUUCAUCUGUGGUGUAGUUGAUUCUGAAGAUUUGCCUCUUAACAUUUCUCGUGAGAUGCUGCAGCAAAACAAGAUCCUCAAGGUUAUCCGCAAGAAUUUGGUGAAGAAAGCCAUGGAACUGUUUGAGGAGCUCAUGGAAGACAAAGAUUCUUUCAAGAAGUUCUAUGAAAACUUCUCAAAGAAUAUUAAACUUGGUAUUCAUGAAGAUUCAACCAAUCGCAAGAAAUUGUCUGAACUUCUCCGCUUCUACACAUCUGCCUCAGGAGAUGAGAUGAGCAGCCUUAAGGACUAUGUCUCUCGCAUGAAGGAAAACCAGAAACAGAUCUACUACAUCACAGGCGAGAGCAGGGAUUCAGUUUCUAAUUCAGCAUUUGUAGAGAGGGUCAAGAAGGGAGGUUUUGAGGUCAUCUACAUGAUUGACCCCAUUGAUGAAUACUGCAUCCAGCAGCUAAAGGAGUAUGAUGGAAAGCAGCUGAUCUCUGUCACUAAGGAAGGACUGGAGCUCCCAGAAGAUGAAGAAGAGAAGAAGAAGAGUGAAGAGCAGAAAAAGAGACUGGAAAAUCUAUGCAAGGUGAUGAAGGAUAUUCUAGACAAGCGCGUUGAGAAGGUUGUGGUGAGCAACAGACUGGUGACAUCCCCAUGCUGCAUUGUGACUUCUCAGUAUGGCUGGACAGCCAACAUGGAACGUAUCAUGAAAGCUCAGGCCCUUAGGGAUGCCUCCACCAUGGGCUACAUGGCUGCCAAGAAGCACCUUGAGAUCAACCCGGAUCACACAAUCAUCGAAAACCUCCGACAGAAGGCAGACGCUGACAAGAAUGACAAAUCUGUGAAAGAUCUUGUCAUGCUGCUCUUCGAGACAGCUCUUCUGGCCUCCGGCUUCAACCUGGAGGACCCUGGUGUUCACGCUGCUAGGAUCUACAGAAUGAUUGGCUUGGGUCUCGGCAUUGACGAUGAAGACGUUGCCGGUAUUCCAGAUGACAUCAGCCCAAUGGACGACAUGCCUCCUCUUGAGGGCGAGGACGAGGACAUGUCCCGAAUGGAGGAAGUUGACUAAAUUAUAUCUACAAAAAAGUAAAUUUGGAAGGUAUAUCUACAUCAUCAAUCAUAUAAUGCUUAUCAUAAAUAUCAUUCCUCGUGAAAAUAUACCAAAUAUAUUUUUCUCAUAAUUUAUCGACGCUUUGUAAGUGUUCAGCUUUCAUACUCAUCAUACUCCCCACCCCCCUUUUUUUAAUCAUCAAACAUAUUAGUCCUGUGAUAUCUUUUCAAACAUAAAGUUGUCUAAAAAUGCUAGAACUGCCUUUGAUAGGCAGUUGGAGUAGCCUUUAAAAAACUUGAUUCAUCUAAUGUCAUUACUGCAUUUUACUAUUCAUGUUUUAACUUAUGUUUCGUAAAUAAAACAUAAAGAUCAA